CGCCGCGCGCGGCCUCGGCGCGAUGGACGACCGCCCGUGCCGCCUCCGCGUCUCCACGUGGAACGUCGCGGCGGUGAACAACAACCCGUUCGAGUACCACGUCGCGCACGACGACCCCGCGUACGACGCGCUGAUGGCCGCGGUCGAGGCGCUCGUGGAGUCGCCGGGCGAGCGCGACGUCCCCGUCGGCGUCGUGUUUCCGCACGACGCGAUGUCGUCGCUGUGCGAGGCGAUGCGAGGCGCCGGGUUCGACGCGAACGACGUGGACGCGACCGCGGCGUACUACCGCGAUCGCAUCGCGCCGCGGCUGAUCGUGUCCGGGUUCCUGAGGGACGAGACGCUCGGCGCGAAGCGACUGUGCUCGAUGCCCGACCGCGUCACGAACACGAUCGCGCUCGCGAACGGCGAUCGCGCGUGCCGCCCGUCCGUCGUCAACGGGUACGAGCCGCCGCUGCCGGACCUCGCGACGUGGUGGAACGCGUGGAGGGCGUUCAUGUUCGACGUGACUCUGCCGCUCCUCGACGCGAAGACGGGGGAGACGCGCGCGACGACGCCGUGCCAUCUCUUGCGGAAAAUCACGCGCGCGAAGUAUCCCGCGACGACGGAGACGGAGGAGCGGCUGUCGCUCCCGCUGCAGCUGACGUGCCUCGCGGUUUUCGACGCCGUGCUCGUGCACGUCGUGAAUCAACUCGCGCCAGUGGCCACGUGGCACGGCGUCAAGACCGGGCUCGUUCGAGCGCUGCUUAGGGAUAAGACGGCGCGCGCGUGCGAGAUUUUGGCAUCCCCCGAAGUCGCCGCGUCGUCCGCGGACGUCGUGUGCCUCCAGGAGGUUUCCGCGUCCAUGGUGGCCGCGUUCAAAGCGCACGACGUCUUGAGCGCGAAAUACCACGUGCUAACUCCGGAGGCGAUGGACGGCGCGAGGGACCAGAACAGCGUCGUGCUGCUCGCGAAGGAACGGUUCGACGUCGACGCGGAGGAGUGGCGGGGCGAGGACACCGCGGCGGCGACGCGGCUUGCGAUGGAGGCGCGCGACGCGCUCGCGCCCGGGGAUCUGUUUGUCGUUCGAUGCGUCGAGCGCCUCGACGAGGACGAGAUGGACGCGAUGGACGCGAUGGACGGGGAGGGAGUGGGGGGGGCGCGUUUGAACGGCCGGCGGCGAUUCGUCGUCGCGUCUUUCCACGGCGACACGAACGGACUCAUGACGAUCCCCGUCGUGGACGCGCUGGAUAAGCUCAUGAUUCUCAAGGACGUGGACGAGGCCGCGGAGUGCGAGGGCGGGAAGCCGUGGCUCGCGCCGCCGCCGCCGCUUCUCAUCGUGGGCCUGGACGCGAACACGUACGUCGAUCACGUCCCGGGGAAAAGGCUAGGCGUCCGCGAGUUUAGCGAUCACAUCGCGAGGCGCGAGAUGGCGACGUGCUGGGGCGUGUGCGACCCGCGCGUGCACACGACGUUCAACGCGCGGACGUACCUUCAGCCGCAGCUGAACAAGGCGGUGCGGAUGGCCGAGCGCGCGAGCAGCGACAUGACGGACAAGAACCCCAAAGACCACAUUUUAUUCCGCGACCCCGCCUUGUUCGACCUCAACGAGGACACCGCCGGAUACGGCACGGGCGAGGACCCACGGAAAGUGCUGUACGUCGGGCAGAAGCGCGGGCCGGGGUUCUCGUGCCGGUUCGUAUCCCGGGAUAACACCGGUCGCGGGAGGUUCGUGAGCGACGCGCCGUUUCCGACGAUGUCGUUUCCGAGCGAUCACGCCAUCGUCACCGCGGAGCUGGAGAUGAAGUGGCGGCGGGACGACGCGACGAACGACCGAUGACGCGCGAAACGCGUACUGUAGUAGCUAGGGCCUAUCGCAUAAGUAGACUACAACUAGUAGAGCGAUGCAGCG